AUCGAUCUUGUUCCGUGUUCAGGUUUACUUCGAAGCUUGACUGUCAGAUAUAACUUCAUCCUGAUUCCUUCACCUGGUUCUAUCUUUUGUUAUCACAUUUAAUCAUUACAAUUAUAAAUGAUAACAGCGUAAUGAGUCAGUUAUCAUUUUAAUUGCAAUCUAAAGAAAGAUUUUGUUUUUUCUCUCUUUUUUUUGGGUUCACUUUUAUUUCAAUAACAAACCAGUAAACAUUUGACUUUGUGUUGUUACCCAAAUUUUUCCUUGUGAACCCAAUCAACGGAUCCAACAUUUGAAUUGACCAUUAUCAUCUUGUAGACUUGUUUACCUGUUUGUUAAAAGACAUUGACUUGGAAUGAAAGUGAGUCAACCUCUCAUUGACUCUUCGUUUAACCCAAAGAAACCCAAAAGUCAACAUUGUGAUAUUAAUGAUAAAAAGUGCUUCUGUUUGGGUUUUGUUUACACUCAACCAGGCAACCACAAAAAGCAGUGAUAUUUGAAAUAAAAAGGUUGUUUUUUCCAAUUAUUAUGAUCCAGCUGUUUCUGGUACGAUGAGUGUCAACACUGGUGAUUCUGGUUUUUCUAUUUUUUCCAUUUAACCCAUUCUGUGUUUCCAAGUCUCAGUUUGUUUACCAUUCACUUUCACUUCCAUUCAAAGUAAAAUUUUGAAUUAUCAUCUAAUCUAAUUGAUGUGCAUAGUGACCAGCACAAAUUAUAAUCAAAUAAAGGCAAUAAAGAAAAAUUGGGUGACCAGAAAAUCUGGAUUUCUUCCUUAUUAAAAGAAAAGGCGAAAAUUGAAUUUUCUCUUCACCUCAAUCGCUAACCAACAUUCAACUAAUAUUCACUUAUUAUCACUUGAGAGUUGCUCAAUGAACCAACCGUUGACCCAUCUUAUCAUCUAAAGGAUGAAACGAGUUAACUUAAUUGUUCACCUAAUCCAACUGACUUUAAUCGCUUUCCUUGAGACAAUUUCAUGUGACUUUACCCACGGCUUGGAACCAGAAGAUUUUAGCAUGGCCAUCAUCAAUGUAUCCUACAUUGACCCAAUAACCGGUCGUCUUCACACCCAAAGAGAAGAGUUUGGCAAAUAUUUCAAUAUUGGCCGUAUUGAUCCAGUCAGUGGUUUAGUUGUUCACAUCACUGGACCUGAUGGUGGAUCCCAUGAUGCAUGUGAUUCCAUUGAUCCAACAACAUGGCCAAGUGAAAAGUGGAUUGCUCUAGCUGUUUAUGGAAAUUGUUCAGAAGAAGAGAAACUCAGAAACAUUGCUGCAACUAAUGCUUCAGCAGCUGUAAUUUAUGACAACAAAUUGGGAAACCGUUACAUUCAACUUCACCCAAAAGAACCCAAAUUGACUUCAGUUUUUAUCUCGAAAGAAAAGGGCGAGGAAAUUGGACUUUUGAUCAAAAAUGGGACUCGAGUCAUGCUUCACAUAACCAUUGCUACACAUGGAAACUUUCGUUACUCCAACAUAAAUAAGACGUCAGUUUUGUUUGUUUCAAUCUCAUUUGCCAUUCUAAUGAUAAUAUCUUUGGCCUGGUUGAUAUUUUAUUAUGUUCAACGAUUCCGUUAUAUUCACGCCAAGGAUAUUCUUGCGAGACGGCUAUGUAAUGCUGCCAAAAAAGCCUUGGAAAAGAUACCGACUAAAACAGUGAUUCAAGCUGAUUUGGCUAACGCCAUGCAGGGAGAUUUUCCUGAAUGUUGUGCUGUUUGCAUUGAACCAUUUAAGAUAAAUGAUGUUGUACGGAUAUUACCUUGCAAACAUGUUUUCCAUAAAUCUUGCAUCGAUCCAUGGUUGUUAGAUCAAAGGUCUUGUCCAAUGUGUAAACUUGAUAUACUUAAACAUUAUGGUUUAAUGGUAGUUAUGGCUUCAGUCACUAAUUUAGAAUGGAUUGAAGAACAAGGAUGAAUUUUAAUCAAUUUGUAUUGAACAAAGAAACAAUGGAUAAUCACUACUUGAACUUGGCGCCUGAAGGCGUCUACUCCUUAAAUCCAACUCACAUGUGCUUUAGUGUCUUCAUUCAAUUUUUUUAACUGAAAAUCGCAUUGGAUGUUAAUUUUGCUCUUCUUGAAUCAUAUUUUCCAGUUGUUUCAAUUGAGAUUCACAUUCUUUUGUUUGAUGAAUAUGAAUAUUCAAAAGGGAAAAAAUCAAAGUGCUUUCAUCAAACAGCCAACGGCAAAGAAAUUUCUUAAGUCUUAUAUAAGGCUCUUUAUUAACAAGUAAUGGCAGUUUUAUUGGACCAGAUAAUAUUAAAAUUGCCCUGAAACUGAAUAGGCAUCACAUAAGAUUAUACUCAGUGCUGCUUAUCGACGGAAUACGAAUGGUUUCAAUGCUUCCAAAGGUUGUUGGGCCAUAAUUUUUGCCAAAAUUAGGAAUCUCGUUUUGGAAGGACGCUUAGGUAAUAAGUGAUCAAAGAGAUGAAAUUAGCGACUACAUUUUUAUCGAAAAUCGGAAAAGAAAGAAAGAAGUGCAAAUUGACAAAACAACGAAGGAUUUGCUCAUAAUUCCUGGAAUUUCUCAUGAUCUCGUUCGUCUCUCAACUACUUGGUCAGAUUGUAUUUCAACUUCCUCAAAUCCUUGUUCUGGGCUAUUUCUUUCUGAUUGAGUCUCAAAAAAUUUUCUUAAUAUUUAUUAUACGAUGGAAGUUUCGCACGAUUUUUACCAUGAUUGUAAAUUAUGUGAUCUGAUGGAGAGUUGAGACUUGAAUCGACUCUUAUCAAGAUGACCGUACAAAGGGAACAAAAAGUAUUUAUAAUGUGUAAAAAGUCAGUGCAUAAACGUCAUUACUUACAUUUUAAUAUUAAACGUUGAAUUAUAA